AUGGAGUACCAAAGGCAUAUGGAACCGAAUACGCUGCAACAACCUCAGCCCCAGAACCCGCAGUGGGGCUACGGUUGGGGGCCUCCAGCACCGCCUGCGCCCACGCAGAGGAACAAGAGAACACAUUCCGAGAGCGAAGACGAUGCCUUCUCUGAGGAGAGCAGUAAGGAUGCACAAUCACCAGGCGGCGAUUCCUGUCAAUUAAUGACACGGAAGCGUCGCCGGGGCGUCAUAGAGAAGAAACGCAGAGACAGGAUCAACACAUCCCUGACGGAACUGAAGCGCCUUGUACCGGCGGCCUGCGAGAAACAGGGCAGCGCUAAACUUGAAAAGGCUGAAAUAUUACAGUUGACUGUCGAUCAUUUGAAGAUGUUGCAUGCUAAAGGUCUAGACACGUACGCGUACGAUCCGCAACGCUACGCAAUGGACUACCACAGCAUCGGCUUCAGGGAAUGCGCAGCUGAAGUAGCUCGGUACCUAGUCAGCUGCGAAGGUCUGGACAUCCAAGAUCCUCUCCGUCUCCGUCUCAUGAGCCACCUCCAAUGCUUCGCGGCCCAGAGGGAACUAGCCGCGAAGUCUAGUAAUUGGGGCUACCCUCAAUACCCAAGUGUGCCCCAACCUCAACAUGGAUAUGCUGAGGUAAGGCAGGAGCCUCCAUCUUCAGCAACAGCAACGACAAUUUCAGCGCCUCCAGCGAUCGCUGCCCCUCUGUCUGCUCCUCCUGGUUAUCCCCACUACCCCCCAGCGCCUCCAGCUCCCCCUGGUCCUUCAGUGCCCCCUGGUCCCCACCCGGCUCCUCCAGCACCCCACUACCCCACACCUUAUCCCCACCAUCCGCCACAUCACCAGUACUCUCAAAACAGUUCGAAACCGUACAGGCCAUGGGGUGCAGAGUUAGCUUAUUAG